AUGCUCUUGUCCCUGACAAAGGUUUCCUUGUUGCGUCGGUAUCCUAACUCCGCUAGAGGAUGUCUUUACUCCACGUUGAAAGAUCGAAAGCCUCUUUUUGAAAAGAUCUUGAUUGCCAACAGAGGUGAAAUUGCUCUUCGUGUGAUGCGAACUGCCAAAGACCUCGGUAUCAAAACUGUAGCUGUCUACAGUGAGCCAGAUACGUAUGCUCAACACGUAAAAAUGGCUGACGAAGCAUUUUUGAUUGGUCCUGCCGCGUCCGCCGAAAGUUAUCUUCGAAUGGAUAAGAUUUUACAAGUCGCCAAGAUGACAGGUGCUCAAGCUAUUCACCCUGGUUAUGGCUUUUUGUCUGAAAACGCCGAAUUCGCCGAUCUUGUUACAGAUUCAGGUAUUGAAUUCAUCGGUCCUUCCGGUGAUGCUAUGCGUUCCAUGGGUUCAAAGAGUGAAUCCAAAUUUAUUAUGGAGAAGGCAGGUGUACCCGUCGUCCCUGGUUAUCACGGUGAGAACCAAGAUAUCAAGUUCCUGAAGGAACAAGCCGACAAGAUUGGUUAUCCUGUACUCAUCAAGGCCGUUAAAGGUGGCGGUGGUAAAGGUAUGCGUAUCGUUCGUUCGCCUGCAGAAUUUGAGGAAAUGCUCGAAUCCUCCAAGCGUGAAUCCAUAAAGUCUUUUGGUGACGACAAGGUACUGGUCGAAAAGUACUUGGAAAGACCCCGUCACGUGGAAGUCCAAGUGUUUGCUGAUAAGCUCGGAAAUGUGGUUCAUCUAUUUGAGCGUGAUUGUUCUGUACAAAGACGUCAUCAAAAGGUGAUUGAAGAAGCACCUGCACCUGGUCUCUCCGAGGAGCUCCGUGCUCAAUUAGGCGCCAAGGCUGUCGCUGCUGCACGCGCUGUGAACUAUGAAAAUGCAGGCACUGUAGAGUUUAUUAUGGACAAUGUCGAUAAGCAGUUUUACUUUAUGGAAAUGAAUACUCGUCUCCAAGUAGAGCAUCCAGUUACUGAAAUGGUCACACAGACUGAUUUGGUACGUUGGCAAUUGGAAGUUGCCGCUGGUAAUCCAUUGCCAAUGACGCAAGACCAACUUCGUCUUACCGGACACGCCUUUGAGGCCCGUGUAUAUGCUGAAAAUCCUAGAAAUCAUUUCCUCCCUGAUACAGGACCACUCUUUAGCGUACGCACUCCUGAACCAAGUGCAAAUCUUCGACUUGAGACUGGAUUUAUCCAAGGCGAUCAAAUCAGUGUUCAUUAUGAUCCCAUGAUCUCCAAGCUUGUCGUUCAUGGUGAAAAUCGAAAUGACGCACUCCGUCGAUUCCGUCGUGCCUUGGAACAGUACCAGAUUGUGGGAUUGAACACAAACAUUUCCUUUAUCAAGACUGUGUGUGAACAUCCAGAGUUUAUCAAGGGUGAAGUAGAAACUGGCUUUAUACAGCAAUACGAAAAAGAUCUCUUUAAGGAUAUGCAAGCACCCGAUCCAACAACGCUUGCAUUGGCAGCCAAUGCACUUCGACUCAAGGAAAUCGAGACCGUCAAGAAGUCCACUUCUGAUCCCUACAGUCCCUGGAAUACACUUCCUAGUGCUUUUCGAUUAAACAAUAUCAACAGCAAGACGUUCUCAUUCACAUUCAAUGAUGAAUCCUAUGACAUUGUUGUCUCUGCCAAUGCCCAGAAACCAGAACUGGUUGAUCUUGAAGUAAAGAAGGGCAACGAGUCCAUCAAGAAGUUUACUGCUGUCGAUAGCCACUUUGAUCAAGAAGGCUUACUUGUCACAUGCAUUGAUAACAAACAGGUCAAGAGUAAUGUAGUAUUACACAAUGAAAAUGUUGUUGUCUUUGACGAGUCUGGUCGCACGACCUUCCAAAUUCCUACACCUAAUUAUUUAUCAGCUAUCGUUCAUGGAGCUGCCGCUGCAGGAUCCGUAAAGACUCCUAUGCCAUGCAAGAUUUCGCAAGUAUUAGUUAAGCCAGGACAAGUGAUCGAAAAGGGUGCUGCUCUGAUGGUCUUGGAAGCCAUGAAGAUGGAGCACGUCAUUAAGGCACCUGUGUCCGGUACGAUCGAUCAAGUGUUGUAUAAUGUAGGAGACUUGGUUGGAGAAAAUAAGAGUCUAGUGACAUUCGCAGAAAAUAAAUAA